CAAUAAGUUGAAUAUCUGAGUUUACUUAAAGUUUUUAUUUAUUUAUGACAUUAAUCCACUCUUAAAUGAAUGAAAAGACAUAUCUUAGUUCAUUAUAGUACAGAUAUAUUUUUUUGUUAAAACAUUUAUGAAUACAAAAUGUAUCUCCAUCUGUAAAAUUAGAGUCGUGAAGUACAUUAACAUGUACAGUAUUUGUUUUAUUUAGAAUUUUACUUUAUCCACUUCUGCGUUCACUGACAUUAAGAAAUAAAAAAGGAACAUUUACAAAUGAUGAAUGGCAUAUUUUACAAACCAUUUUUCAUCUAUAUUUAGUUGAAAUUAAAAUAAUUAGAAUUAGAAUACAUUCUUUUAUUAUAUUAACAUUAUUUACUUUAUAAUAUACUAAACCUCAGUAGUGUCAUAAGGACAUGUAAACCUGCGUAAUCGUGUUUUGAUUAUGCAAAGGAAUAUCAUGCUGUAAAUCUAACACAAACCCCACCUCUGUAAAUUCAGUAUAUAAUAUUCUCACACUGUCCAUCUGACACCCUUCAUCUGGAUCAUGGCACUGCACAUCAUCACCGUGGUUCUUUUCACUGUGUUCGUCUCCGAAGCACUGACACUGACAUGUUUCAACUGUACCGGGACUCCACCUGCAACAUGCACAUCAACUGCUAACUGUUCACAGUGCAGUUCCAUGACCACGAACACGACCAUGGCCUCAAUCGAUGGCAGAAACAAUGUUGAUGUGAAGAGUUGCGACACUGGCCCGUGUGUUAAUUUGACCAUAAAUUCUGAAUUGAUCAGCAUCUCCUCCAAAUGCUGUUCUUCAGAUUACUGCAACAAUGCUACAGACUCAGAGAACGGAUUGAGCUGCGAUGUCACAGGCGGCACACUGAAAUGUAAAGUUGGUGAGAACCAGUGCUUCACUGUAACAGUUGGAUUUAAUGGCACGAACCUUAAUCUCAAAGGAUGCGCAAGCCAAAACAUCUGUAACAGUACACUAAGGAACAUUACACUACCCCCAGGAGUAAACAUAUUUAAUUUUUCAUGUCUCCAUGAAGCAAAAAAUAUGACACAGGGACCUGUUUCUGCUGGGACCAGUACUUUUUCCCAUCUGAAAUCUGUUUUAGGAGGUUUUCUUUUGGUUUUAGUAUUUAGAUGCUCAGUUUUGUCAAUGUAAAGCAGUUUCAAGCUUUUCUGAUUAAUUAAGAGAAAUGUAUUUGUUGAAAAUGA